AUAAACAAUAAAAAGUUAAUAUUUUCAGAUUUACUUUGUCUCUUUAUUGUCUGUUCAUUCAAUGAUCUAGAACACAGAAGCAAAUCAAUACAAACAGUGGCACAAAAAAAGAUCUAUUAUUUUUCUAAACUAGGCUCUCCAGUCCAAAACAAUCUUCCAAAUAUCAUUCCUCAUGUUCCUGCACCAGCAGCUCCUGCAGAGCUCCAGCCAGUGAAUCAACCAGCUCCAGUUCAGCCGGUCAUGAAUCCAUCUGGUCCAAUUAAUCCAACACCUCACCAGGGUCAGCUAUAUGCAGGCUCUCCAGUCCAAAACAAUCUUCCAAAUAUCAUUCCUUAUGUUCCUGCACCGGCGGCUCCUGCAGAGCUCCAGCCAGUGAAUCAACCAGCUCCAGUUCAGCCGGUCAUGAAUCCAUCUGGUCCUGUUAAUCCAACACCUGACCAGGUUCAACCAUACGCAGCACCUGCAGUUCCACCGCUGGUUAUACCUUAUGGAGUACCACCCGGUCUCGAGUACCUCACUCAGAUCGACCAGGUGCUUAUUCACCAAAAAAUAUCAAUAGUAGAGAUGCUCACUGGCUUUGAGACCCACAACCAGUAUGAGAUCAAGAACAGCAUCGGGCAAGAGAUCUACCACGCCAAAGAAAAAAGCGACUGCUUUACACGCAAUAUCUGUGGUUCAGCGCGUGGCUUCCAAAUGCGAAUUACAGACAACAUAGGCCAGGAGGUCAUACGGCUAUAUAGACCAAUGCGCUGCUGCCUGCAAGAGAUUGAGGUACAGUCUCCCCUUGGACUUACCAUAGGCUAUGUGAAACAGGAUUGGUCCUUCUUUUUACCAAGAUUCUCCAUCCUGGGCCCCAACAAUGAGGUACUGCUGAAAAUCCAUGGGCCCUUCCUUCCAUUCAAAUGCUGCGGUGACGUAAACUUUGAGGUAAAAGGCAUGAUUGGUGAGAAGCCAAUUGGUCGAAUCAUAAAACAACGAAGUGGCUUCAUAAAGAAAUGCUUCACUGAUGCUACUAACUUUUGUAUCCAAUUCCCUCUGGACAUGGAUGUUAAAAUGAAGACUGUACUUAUGGGCGCUUGCUUCCUUAUUGUGAGACAUCAUGUUCUUUGA